GUCUUGAGCUACGUGAUAAGAUGGCGUCCUAAAAGUUGAAAGUUGAAGCUUGCAUUCCUAAAAUAGUUCAGUGUGAUUGUUUAGUGUGUAAAUAAAUCAAAAUAACAUAUUUUUCAUGUUUCUGAUAACGGCGGCAGAUAACAAAAAAAAACAUUUCUACCUUUAACUCUAAACCGUUUACUUGCAGUCGAGAGAGCCUCUUAUCGUAUUAGUGGGAAGGCAAUGUCCGAGGAGUCGGAACGGCACGGGGAGUCGGCGAGUGACGCCUCAGGCGGCGGCGGUACGAACGUGGCGCGGGUGUUACUGACCUCCCACCAGCUCGACGCCGCGACCGCGGAGUCGCUUCGAGCCUCGUGGAGAACCCAGGACUUGUACAUUGACCACCUCGAAACUUUGAACAAACAGUUGGAAGGAAGCUUGGAAAAAACGAAAGAGAUAGAAGAUAGAAUAAAGCAACAGUAUGCGGAAUCACAGCACAGAGAGAAAAUCCUCGUUCGACGAUUGGCAGCUAAGGAGCAGGAGAUUCAAGAUUAUGUAAGUCAAAUAACCGAAUUAAAAUCAUCACACGCGAGUCUCAACGGCAGACCGUCCCUAUUAGACCCAGCAGUUAAUAUGCUAAUAUUGAGAUUGAAGCAAGAGUUAACUUCGACCAAAGCUAGGUUAGAGGAAACACAAAACGAACUCUCAGCUUGGAAGUUCACGCCCGAUUCCAAUACAGGCAAGAAACUGAUGGCCAAAUGCAGGCUCCUGCAUCAGGAGAAUGAGGAGUUGGGCCGGAUGACGUCGAGCGGACGGAUAGCGAAGCUAGAAGGUGAUCUGGCGUUACAAAAGAGUUUUAGCGAAGAAGUAAAGAAAUCACAAUCAGAACUGGACGAGUUCCUGCAAGAGCUCGACGAAGACGUGGAGGGUAUGCAGAGCACAGUGCUGUUCCUACAGCAGGAGUUGCGAGCGUCCACCGCCACAGUGAACGGCAACCGAGUGUCCUCACCCACUGACAAACGGACUUAUUCAGGCAGUGACUGUAGCGACACCCCGGUGGGAAAGAGGAGACGGGGCUCUGUCCUCUCGUUGGACUACAACGAAGAGGAAGAACCCCUCACUGUCACAAACGGUGAGGCUGACUAGCCCUGGAUGUCUGUGCACCCUCGUCGCACACGCCGUUUCCAUAUGAACUAGUGAAAAUUGUGAAUUACUGUUUUCCAUUCUACCCCGCCUUUGGCUGUUUCGUUGACUCGAAAUUUUCCAAUGAAUUCUUUGUGAGUGAUCAUCGUUUAUAUAAAAAUUUAAAAAUAAAAAAAACGCUCCUCAUCGGUGUCACUCGCUUACAAAAUGUGAAAAUGCUUCUGUAUUAGGACAUGUUGAAGUGUAUUUCUCUACAUAUGUACUCUGUUAAAGAAAAAAAAUAUAAUAUAAAUAUAGACAAGUAUGGUGUCAUUUCCAUUGACAAUGAAUUGGUGAUGAUCGUGUCGAAUGUGAUGAUAUUACAAAGAUAAUGAUGAAACAAGUUGAGUUUGAAAUAGUUUGCGUUUUAUGCACAAGGUGGACCAUGUGAUCAGAAUUAAUAGUGAAUCGUUUGUAUUUGUUGUAUGCAUAUUAAAAUAUUAAGACAAACACUUGAGUUGACAAUUUUAUAAUUUAUUUAUGUAAAGUGCAUUAUUACUUGUGAUAUAUUAGAUCCCAAUACUUAUAUAAUAUAAUAUGUCAGCAAUGUUUUUUUUUUGCCUAAUUACAUUUUAUGGCAUUUGUUUUUUUAAUGCCGAAGUAAAUGAGGCAAAGUCCUCGAUACAUGUAGCAAUAAUGUCGACACCAAGCCUAAUAUAUUUAAUGAAUACCACGUUUUUAUUGAAUUUGUGAUUUUCUACAUAAAAUGUUUCUAUUUUCAAAUUACGAUUAAUGUAUAUAUAGAGCUAUGUUAAUAAACAUAUUACUGUCCAUA